CGAACAUGACUCUGGGCAAAAAGCACGAUUGCGAGUUCGACUCUGACCCUCGCCAGAACAAGGAGCUUGCCAACUCGCUCAGAGACAAGCAUGUCAUCAUUGCCGGUGCCGGUCGAGGCAUCGGCCGUGCCACAGCUGAACUGUUCGCAUAUACAGCCAUCUCGUCCCUGAGCAUUUUCGCUCUCGAACUCACCGAGGUUAACGAGACAGGUCGCCUCUGCAGCGCCAUCAACCCAGCUCUCGCGGUGCGGACAGCCGCGCUUGAUGUUACUGAUUUCUCGGCUGUGCAGCAAUUUGUGGACAGGACAGCACAUGAAUUUGGCCGCAUCGACGUCGUCUUUAUGAACGCGGGCCGUCCUCCACAGUUUCUGCCGGUGCACGAGUCUGAACCGACCAUCUGGUGGGACACGGUUGCCAUCUCGCUACAAGGAUCGUUCAACUUGGCGCGCGCCACCCUGCCGCUCAUGCGCCAAUCUUCAAACGGCGGAACGUUGAUCUUCACGUCAAGCGCCGGCGCCCAUGCCACCGAGGGCAUGGGUAGCUAUACGAUCGGCAAGCUUGGAGUGAGUAGGCUGGCAGAAAUCUUAUACCACGAGAACAAGCAUGCUGGAAUUCGGACGUUUAGCCUCCACCCGGGUAAGUCAGCCAAGGCAGUGGUAAGCUUCUUUAAAGACAUACCUUUCGAUACGCCACAAAUGCCGGCAGGUAUGGUGGUGGUGUUGGCGAGCGGAAGGUUGGACUUUCUGUCAGGAAGGUAUGUGGACUCGACUAAGACUGUGGCGGAGUAUAUUGCGGACAAAGACGGGAUUCUGAAUGAGGAUGCUUAUAGGGUAAAGCUUCUACUUGGGAGGGGCGAGUUCCUCCCGGAGUGGAAGGAUUAGUCCAAAGCUUAGGUAGUCGUUGUUGUGAGAGGCGGCGGCAGAUGGCCACCCAGUGGGAAACUUGACCUAGCUAUACGGCGUCUGGACGUUAAGAGGUUUUUUUUCCUUUACGUCUUGCUUGAUCGACUUUCACCAUCCAGCGCAAAACAUAAGAAUGUAGCAUAAUACAUACAAAGCUGAGACCUGGGAACUAUAUCUGUUCAUUAGAGAU